GGGGAAGCUGUGAUAAAACGGGGGAAAUGAAGAUGGAAGAGUUUGAAAUUUUGUAAAAAAAGAACCCGCCUUAUUCUGGGAGAAGCAGUCGUAAUGAAACCCUAAUUGAUCAAAACUCCCAAAUCGAAAUCACAGGAGAGACAGAGAAAUGGGAGCACAAGCAGCACGAUUGAAUCUUCGAAUGCAAAAGGAACUCAAGCUUCUACUCACUGACCCUCCUCCCUCUGCUUCUUUCCCUCUUCUCUCCCACCAUUCUUCUGACUCUCUCUCCUCCAUUCUCGCCCAUAUUAAAGGUCCUGAAGAUACUGUCUACACUAAUGGGGUUUUCAAGAUCAACAUCCAGAUACCCGAAAGGUAUCCGUUUCAGCCACCAAUUGUGACAUUUGCUACACCUAUAUAUCACCCCAAUAUCGAUACUGGAGGUCGAAUCUGUUUAGACAUUCUCAAUUUGCCGCCCAAGGGUGCAUGGCAGCCUUCUCUAAACAUUUCAACGGUGUUAACAAGUAUUUUGUUGUUACUAACUGAACCUAAUCCUGAUGAUGGCCUCAUGUGCGAAGCAAGUAAAGAAUACAAAUAUAAUCGACAAGCUUUUGAUCAGAAAGCACGAUCUAUGACAGAGAAGUAUGCCAGAGAUGAAUCAAUUGAGAAUGGAAGUUGCAGUCAAAACACGGAAAGUCAUCUGAACCCAACCUUGAUGGAUAUUGAAGGGGAGUUGUUUACAUUUGAGGUUGACAAGUCUUCGGGAAAACAUAAAAACCUGUCACCAAUAGAAAACAAAUAUUCUUUGGAGUCAACAAGCUCAAAUCAGAGGAGGGUCAAUGACAUAAUACUGAAAGAAGCCAUUAAUGAUGAUCUGGUGGUGAAUCAGAUAGAGGGAAAAUCUCCAAACCUGCAGCGAGCAGAAAAGUAUAAUAAAUUUCAGGAUAUUGGUAAAUUGCACAGUACUAGCAGGAAACUAUCACUGGAAUCUUCUAGCCGAAAGCAGAAAAUAAGUUUUCAGUGCAAGGAGAAUGUUUUAUCAUAUCAAUGUCCACCCGUAGUGGAACCCAGAGAGGCUGCUAUGGGUUCUACAGAGCCUGUGCUUGUGGAGAAGGAUGUGAACCAAUACGAACAGCAGUCUCACCAAGUGCAUACAAGUGGUGAUGGAAAUUUAGCUAGUCCGCCAAACAAAGGGUCUGAGAACAUAUGUAUGGGCCAGAGUAGAGUUAGUAUUGGGGAUAACACACUGCCUCAACCAUUAUCAGUAAACCCUCCUUCCAAGAGAUUGCUUAGUCCCUUGCGUAUGCCCUUGAAUACUACCCAUUAUGACAAGCAACCUCAAAAGGAUUCUGUAGAUAAAACUGGAAGUGGCUUCUCCGGCAUAAAACACAAGAGAUUAGGUUUAGCUGGUAGGAAACAGUCUUUGGGACUUGCAACAUCAUUGCAAAGUCAAGAGAGAGAUAACAAGGAGAAUAUGAUUUCUGUUUCUGGUGCGCUUCUCUCAAAUACAGAGGGCGGUGAGUCGGUGCAUAAGAAAGUAUUUAACUCUAAUUCGAAUGUGUACCCUAAGAAGCAGCUAGGUAUCAGGCGAAAGCUACCAUUGGAGCCUCUUGAUAAAUCAAAUUGGAGCAAUGAUGGUAACAUCCAGUUGAACUCCUGUGAUGACUACCAUAACGGAUAUCCUUCUAAGCUGUUGCGUGCAACAGAGGAAAGCAGGCAUAAUCACAUCCAGAAGCCGAUGCAAGAGAAUGAUGCUAAUUUUUCAGGACAGGUCAAACACCACAGUGAAGAUUUGCCAAUUCCUGAUUCAGCAAUUGUUCUCGACAGUGAAGACAGUGAUGAUGACAAAAAGGUAACCGCCAGGCCUAAAUUAUCUUUGACAAGGAAACGUUUGGGUAGGAAGUUGAAUGCCAGAGCAUGAGAUUUUACAUGUCCUGUUGCAGGUUAUCGCAGAAUUAAAUGUGACGGUCUUUAUAAUUUGUACUCCCUUUGUUCUUGCAGUUCGUAUCUAAACAUCGUGUGAAUUCCCUCUUUAUAAUCUCAUCACCAGCAACCACCUAGUCUGAUUCAAGUACAAUGCUCGGUUCG